AUGGCGGAGGAACGUGGGGACAUUCAUGGUGUGAGGGUGGCCCGGGGGCCUCCGGCCAUCACUCACUUAUUUUUCGCUGGUGAUAGCUUACUUUUUUUCAGGGCUAAUGAACGAGAAGCACUCAAAGUUAAAGAGUGCUUGGAUGUUUAUAGUUGGGCCUCGGGACAGCUUAUUAAUUUCGAAAAAUCCAAUGCAGUGUACAGCUCCAACACUCCCACACAUAUCCGGGCGGUAGUGUCUGAACUCAUUGGGGUUCCUGAAGCGGCAGAUUUGGGGCGGUAUUUGGGACUUCCGUCGAUGUUGGGACGUAACAAAACCGCUGUUUUUCGCUACAUCGAAGGUAAUGUUCAUGCACGGAUUGGGACAUGGCAGAAUAAACUCCUUUCCCGUUCCGGCAAGGAGGUCCUACUUAAGAGCAUAGCACAAGCCUUACCAAUUUUCACUAUGUCGGUUUUCUUGCUUCCUUUGCGAGUCUGCGACACUUUGGAGAAAUUAUACAACCGCUUUUGGUGGGGUGGGGGAGGACCGGACAGACAAGGGAUACAUUGGCUUAGCUGGGGAAGAUUGUGCAUUCCAAAGUCGAGGGGCGGACUAGGCUUCAAAAAACUGCAUGAAUUCAACAUUGCCCUUCUGGCUAAACAAGGAUGGAGGAUAUUAAUCCAUCCCGAGUCCUUAGUUAGUCGGCUGUUAAAGGCGCGGUAUUUUCCCACGAAGGACUUUAUGGAUGCACAGUUGGGGAGUAAUCCGAGUUUUAUAUGGCGUAGCAUCCAUGCGGGGAGAAAGGUGCUCGAUUUGGGAGUUGCCAGGCGUGUUGGGGACGGGAUUGAUAUGAAAAUUUGGGGUAGGGGUUGGCUAACGGAUUCCUCGCAUGUUAACUUACGUAGUCCUUGUGUGGAGUAUUUGCAAGAGGCAAGGGUGCAGGGGCUUUUAGAUGGACAGGGACAUUGGGACUUAAAUAUUCUAAGGGACAUCUUUUUAGAGGAGGACGUGCCCAGAAUUUUGGCGACUCCAGUGAACAGUCAGUUCCGGGAUAGUUGGCACUGGGUUGGCGACGUGCGUGGUUGCUAUACGGUCAAAAAUGGUUACCGACGCCUUACGGAGGAAGCAGAUUCACAAAUCACUUCCGACAGAUUUCACGCUUAG